GGGAUGUCUAGGUAGGCCGUGAUGGCGGUGGCUGGUUGGGCACGAAAAUUCUGAGCUAUGUAUCUCUAGGAAGAGGAACACUAAUUCAGAAGAAGAGAGUAGACUUUGUUAAGAAUACAUUCGGUUCUUCACCAUGAGGUUAGGAAAACUUAAGGGAGAUAUGUCUCGGAGCUCAAACCAAGGAAAGACCUCUGAGAACCAGCGCAAAAUAGGCCGGCAGCGGCAGAAAUGGGGAAUGACUGUUCGGUUUGACUCAAGCUUGAGUAGACUAAGGAGAAGCUUGGAUGAGAAGCCCUAUAAAUGUACUGAAUGUGAAAAAAGUUUCAGUCAGAGCUCAACCCUCUUUCAACAUCAGAAGAUCCACACUGGAAAGAAAUCCCAUAAAUGUGCUGAUUGUGGGAAAAGUUUCUUUCAGAGUUCUAAUCUCAUUCAGCAUCGAUGGAUCCAUACUGGGGAAAAGCCCUAUAAAUGUGAUGAGUGUGGAGAAAGGUUUAAACAGAGCUCAAACCUCAUUCAGCACCAGAGAAUUCAUACUGGAGAAAAACCCUAUCAGUGUGAUGAAUGUGGCCGAUGUGUCAGCCAGAGUUCCCACCUUAUUCAGCAUCAGAGAACCCACACAGGGGAGAAGCCCUACCAGUGCAGUGAAUGUGGCAAGUGCUUCAGCCAGAGCUCUCAUCUUAGGCAGCACAUGAAGGUGCACAAAGAAAAGAAGCCUCGCAAAACUCCAGGCAAAAAUAUUAGGUCAAAAACUCAUUUAGUAUCAUCUUGGAAAGCUGGUGCAAGAAGGAAGUCAGUGGCUCGUAUUCGCUAAGUAAGAGGUGCUGUUUCAGCCCUGUUAAAGAGGGAAAAAACAAAACAAAACAAAAAUAACCUCUCUUUUAGAACUAGAGAUACUUUGUAAUAGAGCGCUUAAAUACUGUAUCCUUUCCUAGCAUGGAAACUCUGGGAGUUUAGUGACAUUGGGUGGAAAGAAAUUACAUGAGUCCAAUGGUCCUCUCAUUUCUUUUAUGUAACCAGGUGUGCGAAGAACUGAAAAUACGUUUUGAGAGACUAUAAGAUCCUUGACCUCACUUGAAAGUGCUUUCUGCAUAAUUUUGACAAAAACAAUAAUGUUUUAAUGAUAUGUAAAAAUGUAGGAAUUUCAGUGACUACCCAGUUUUAAGACUUUGUGUUGUAGGGGUAAUUAAAAGGGAAAAGAAGUUAAUCACAUUGGUUUCGGAAUUCUGUAAUAGAUGAGGAAAUUUUAUGAUUGUAAAGUUUUGUAGUGUAUUAAUCAUCAGUUUGUAAUUGUGACUUAAUAUUCACUAUAUUAA